ACACUCUUCUCUGUCACUCAGUUUCAUAUUUUUCCUAUUUUGCUAAAGACAAACUCCAUUUUCGUCACCUUUCUCUCUCUCUCUCUCUCUCUCUCUCUCUCAAAACCUAACAAAACACCCCAAAGAUCUAAUCUUUCUCACAAAUCUCACAAACCCCAUUUCAGAUUCAAAGAAAGUUUCAAUAUUUCAUCCAAAAAUGUCGAAGAAAACUCACUAAGAAAAAAAAAACACUAAAUCAAUGGAGUCCGAUCAAAGAGAGAGACCCCAUCUCACAACAACCAGUACCGGCGGCGGCGGCGGAACAAGCGAGCUUUUCAUCUGUUUCACUUCUCGACUCUCAUCUAAAUCGAUUCUCAGUCCCGGCAGAGCCGCCAGAGACUCUUCCUCUCAAAUCUCCCUUUCUUCUUCACUCAGUCGCCGGCUCAGAACCAGUGGAAGUCUAAAAAGCUCAGCCGGAGCCGGUCAAGCCUCGCCGAUGUUUCCCACCGGCGGGAAGAAACGUGGCUCGGCUGCUUUCGAAAACCCAGAACCGUCUUCUCCUAAAGUCACUUGUAUCGGUCAAGUGAGAGUGAAGACCAAAAAACAGAGCAAGAAACUAAGAAACAGAUCGAAAAGAAAGUCCGGCGCCGGUACCGGUACGGGAGGAGGAGAAGCAAGCUUUAGAAGAGGGGAGAAAAGCUUAAAUGAGACAACUUUAUCAUCAUCUUCUUCAUCUUGUUCGGUUAAUCAUAAUCAUCGAAAUCAGAAAUGGGUUCAUCUUCCAUUAACGAUUUGUGAAGCUUUAAGAGCUUUUAGUGCUGAUUUGAACUGUUUCUUACCUUGUAAAUCUUCUUGUACUAAUAACAGUGAUGAACAUAAUAAACAACAUGGUAAUAAAGAGAAGAGAGUUAGAUCGGAGAAUGGUGGUGGUUCUUCUUGUGGUGGUGCUUUUGCUAGGUGGUUGGUUUCUGUUCAAGAUGGUGAAAAUGGUAGGAGGAGAGAGAUUGAGCUUGUGGUUGGUGAUGAUGAUGAUGAUGAUGAAGAACAAGAACAACAACAGAGAAGAUUGGCUUUGCCUGAGAUGGUUAGAGGAAGUAGUCAAAGAAGGCAAGUUUUUGAAGGGAUUGAGUUUAGAGAAGAAGAAGAUGAUGAUGGUGAUGAUGAUGGUGAUGGUGAUGAUGAUGAGGAGGAGAAGGGUAGGGUUAGUAUUUGUAUUCCACCUAAGAAUGCUUUGUUGCUUAUGAGAUGUAGAUCUGAUCCUGUAAAAAUGGCUGCUUUGUCUAAUCGGUUUUGGGAAUCUCCUCCUAAGAAAGAACAAGAAGAAGAAGAAGAAGUUGUUGUUGAUGAUGAUGAUGAUGAAGAGAGUGAGGAAGAAUUGAAAUGUGAAGAGGAAGUAAUUACAACAGUUGAAGAAGUAGCUGUGGAAUCUGAUGAGGUUGAAGUUGUUAUUAAUGGAGAUGAUGAAGAAGAAGAAAAGGAAGAGAAAGUUGAGAACUUUGAGGUGUUGUUGAAUGAGAAUGGAGAUAAUGGAGAAGGGUUAAGUUCUGGAAUUGAAGCUUUAAUGGAAGAAGAAGAACUGGAGAAAGAAAAUGAAGAAGAAAUGGAAGAGAAAGUUGAAAAUUUUGAAGCUUUAAUGGAAAAACCAGAGAAAGAUAGUGAAGAAGAAGAAGAAGAAACAGGUAAGUUAGGUGGAGAAAGUUCUGAUUUUUAUGGCUGUUUAUCUGAAAUUCCAGAGGUUGAAGAUGAUGACAAUGCAGUCAAAUCAGUACUUGAGAAAGAAGAAGAGCAAACCCUAGAAGUCGAAGAAGAGCAAACCCUAGAAGUCGAAGAAGAAUCAAACCCAGAACCAGUAGAAGAAAAAGUCAAAGAAGAGUCAACGGUACAAGACGAAGAAGAAGAAGACUCACCUGGAUCCAAACCCGAACCCGAACCCGAGAAACAGGAAGAGAGCGAAGAUAAAGUAGGUCGGAAAAGCGGGUCGGGUUUACCAGAUUGCUUACUGUUAAUGAUGUGUGAGCCGAAGUUAUCCAUGGAAGUGUCUAAGGAGACUUGGAUCUGUAGUACGGACUUUAUCCGGUGGAUACCGGAUCGAAGGCCCAAUUCGAAGAAGGGUUCGGGUUUGGGCCCAGGCCCAGGUGUGGAAGAGCCCAAAAAACGGCCCAGUAUUGUUGUUAACGGCGGCCCUAAUCGUGGUCUGCCGCCUAUUCAGCCGCCGAGAUCUUCUGUGUCGUUUCCGAUUACGGCGGCGGCGCCGCAAUCUAUGGCUAACGUUAUUGAACAGAAGUUAGUUGGCUCUGCUAAGCCGUACGAGCCGUUUGUGCUCACGCGCUGCAAAUCUGAGCCGAUGAGAUCGACUGCGGCGGCUAAGUUAGCUCAGGAGGCUUGUUUUUGGAAGAAUAGGAAGCUUGAGCCGCAUCAUCCGGCUUCGCUUGGGGUUGGCGCGGCUGGGGUUGGGUUUUGAGCCGAGAAAUUUUAAAAAUUAAUAUUAAUUAUUAGAAAAUUUUUAUAAUGGGUGUGUGGUAAAUUAGAAAAUUUUAUGGUUUA